UAUCAGAAAAGCAGAGGAAUAUUUACGACUCUCUCAGGUUAAGUGUGCCCCCUUGCUAGCCCAGAUGAGCCCCACAAGCAGUGCUGUGAUCUGCCUGGAUUUGGCUGCUACCUUCACAAGGAAUCCUGUGGACAAAAAUUGUUUUGUGAAACUCUCUGGCUUGAACAAAACCACUUACCAGCGCUACCUGAGAUCGUUUGAAAGCCUGCUUGCUCUGCAAUCCAACUUUGGCAUCAGAGGUGUGGCGGUUCAGUUCUCCUGCUUGGAGGCUGCAAAUCUGGCAUCAGAAAUCCUGCAGAGGUAUGAAUCCAGCCUGCCAGAAACUCAACAGACAGCUCUUGAUUUAUCAAAACCCUUAUUCACUACUGUGGCAUUGUUUACUGCUUGCAGAUACUUGAAACUUAAAGUGGAUAAAACCAAAAUGGUGGCUGUAUCUGGGGUGAAGAAAACUGUAUUUGACCGUCUCCACACCCAGUUAGAGAAGAUUAACCAACAAAUCAACCGAGAAAGUGAUUCAUCGUCAAUGAAGCUUGCUGAACCUCAGAAAUCCUUAUUUGAAGAUCUUGCAGAGGAAGAAGUUCUGGAAGCAGAGGUGCCUCGGAAACGUCCAAAGAAUAAAAUUGAACCUAAAGAAGACUAUGAAGAAUGGAAACAAAGAAUCUUAGAAAAUGCUGCAAAAUCACAAAAAAACAGUGCGUGAGUGGAGCAUAUCCAAAAAGCAAAGAUCUGUCUUGGAUUUUUUAAUACCAGCAGACUUUCAAGCCAACAGCGCUACAUGACAGAGAUUAGAGAAACCAACCUGUGUUUCAUCCCAUUCCUCAGGUGGUUCCUCUGGUGAGCGCAAAAGUCAGGCCUAACGUUUGGCCUAUGUCAGUCUUGAGAACUUGUCUGUUGGGGGGGGGGAAACUCUGGUACUUGAAUUCCUUGAAUAGGCCACCCUGAGACUUGGCUAUACCUGCUUUUAAAGGUGUUCAACUCUGUGAGCCCUGUUUUUGCAUCGAUAGAACUGUAGUUGAGAUUAUCUCAUGAGGCUCUGAUUUUGGGCAACAAGAUAUUUCCACAUCAGUUGUAAGAACAGUUAACCCAGCCAUAAAAUAAAAUGGCAGUUAACUGUUCUGUAAGAGGCGUAGAUUAAGAAUAUACCUAAAUCCAAAUUGCCUGUUCUCAUCUUCCCUUGUGCAAUUAGUGGGAAUAAUAUAAUCAACAAUACAGAAUACUUAAUGUCCCAUUUAAGAACCCUUUUUAAGAUUAGUCCCACUCAGGUUUGCUUGUUUAUUUUUGAUUAAUUCCUCUCUAGAAGCAUCAAUAAAGUUUAUUUCUGCUAAAGUC